AUGGUUAAUUUAAACCUAUUCCAGAACAUCACUAGUACCAAUAGCACCAAUACAAACAAUGACAAGUCCGAAGUUUCUACUCACAACACCGGUCCAAACGAUGCAGGGCUGUCUUUAGUAGCAGAGCCCCUGGAUGACUGCUCCAAUCGAGAUAGUCCAGAGAUGCGUCCACUGUCACGUACCAGAAACAGAUCAAUAUCAAUAUCUCGAUUCUUCUUCAAUAGAGAGCAUGAUACCCCAGGUACACCACCAACUGGUAAUACUGCAUCUGGUAACUUUUCCCCGGAAAACAGCUCAUCCAAAUCAACGGUGUCUGGGGCACCUUCUGACCAAGCAAGUAAUAGCAAUAGCAAUAGCACCAGCAACAACAAUACUGGAAUGAACAAAUUGAAAAACAUAUUUCGUUUCCCUUCAAAUUCUGUAUCCUCAUCAGAAAAUAAAUCACUGGGACAAAGACAGCGGUCUUUAUCAUCACCGUUUCGACAAAACAGCAAAGACAAUAAUAACAACCACAAGAAAUCAUCAAGUAUCAAUCAUUUAGCAGCGCCACUGCCACCACAAGUACCGGAAAUAGUCACUGACUCUCCAGAAUCUCAUGAUUUGGCAGAGACGUCCACUAGUCCAGUUGUUAAUUCAAACCCUUAUUUUCAACACCAAGGACUUCCUCCACAUUUAACAACAUCUUCACCACGUCAACCAAAUUUGCUAACAACAAACAAGUCUGAACUUUCCGUUUCAUUAAGACAUAAUGACUCUAUUUACUCAUUGAAUGAACAUGGAGUAUUGCAACCACCUCCAAAGAUUCACUAUAGUCAGUCUUCAUUUUCUGGUGAUGAUGAAUCAGAUGAUGAUAUUACCAAUGUCGCCACCAAGAGUGGCACGGAUCAAUCCACGUAUCUUGAACCACCAAAACAGGAGGUGUCACCAAUGAAACAAGUUGGUGAAGAACCAUCGGCCCUAACGCCACCGCCAUCACCAUUCCAAAGAGCUCUCAGACGUGUUGCGUCUGCACCUCUUGUGCACAAAUUGAUGAAUGACAAAUCAACAGCGGGAGAUGCAUUUUCACCCCCCUUACUAAGCAACAACAAAGAACAAGAGCCAUUUGAUCUUAGUAAGCAUAUUGGAGAAGUUACAAUCACUGGUCGUCCACGCACUUUAACCCAAGAUCGUACUUAUUCUCAUGCAGCUACUCGUGUAGUUGAUGUACAAGUUGGUCCCAGCAGUUUUGAAAAAAUCAGACUCUUGGGUAAAGGUGAUGUGGGUAAGGUUUACCUUGUACGUGAAUUACAAUCAAAUAGACUUUAUGCCAUGAAGAUUCUUAGCAAAAAGGAAAUGAUUGAACGAAACAAGAUUAAACGGGCAUUGGUUGAACAAGAAAUUUUGGCAACAUCAAAUCACCCAUUUAUUGUUACAUUGUAUCAUUCAUUCCAAUCAAAACACUACCUUUACUUGUGUAUGGAAUACUGUAUGGGUGGAGAGUUUUUUCGAGCUUUACAAACUAGAGAUACAAAGACCAUUUCUGAAAAUGAUGCCAAGUUUUACGCCGCUGAAGUGACGGCAGCAUUGGAAUAUCUUCAUUUAAUGGGAUUCAUUUAUCGUGACUUGAAACCGGAAAAUAUCUUGUUGCAUCAAUCAGGACAUAUCAUGUUGAGUGAUUUUGAUUUGUCUAAACGUAGUGAACGGGCGAAAAACCCCGAGAUUGCUUUCAAUAAAACCAAUGGACUAUCAAUUACUUCACCAGGAGCAUAUUCCCCUCAUCAUGGUCCAACAUUGGAUACCAAAGCGUGUAUUGAUGGGUUUAGAACCAAUUCAUUUGUGGGGACUGAAGAAUAUAUUGCCCCUGAAGUGAUUCGAGGUAAGGGACACACUAGUGCUGUUGAUUGGUGGACGUUGGGAAUAUUCAUUUAUGAAAUGUUGUAUGGAACAACUCCCUUCAAGGGUCAUGAUCGUAAAAAGACAUUUGCCAAUGUCCUUAAACGUGAUGUUAAAUUUGAUCUUGUACCUACACAACAAUCUGUGUCUUCAAAUUGUAAAAAUUUGAUUAAGAAAUUGUUGAUUAAGGAAGAAGAUAAACGAUUAGGGUCCAAGACUGGGGCCUCUGAGAUCAAGAAUCAUGUGUUUUUUAAGAAUACACAAUGGGCAUUGUUAAGGCAUCAGAAACCACCUAUGAUUCCUGUAUUGACCAAAUCAAAGAAACAUCGUGGUGAUCAAAAGAGUGGGGCCAAAGGGGCUACUGCAGACAAGGAAAAUGGCGGUGAAUUACCCGAAGAUGCCAUGAAAGAAGUACAAUCAGUUCUGGAAACUGAUCCCAAUGAUCCAUUUGCCAAGUUCAACUCCGUAACAUUGCGAUAUGGUGAUAACGAAACCACGACAUUUGAAUUUAAUGAUCCCACCAACGGCAUUGGCGGUGGCGGUGAUGAUGCUGGUGGUGGACUCGUUAAUGGUCUCGCACUUGAUUCAUCAGUGGUUUAUAGCCAGGACCAGGCUACGGCAUAUACUAGUGUUGCUUACACUAUGACGUCCCCUGAUAAUGUAACUACAAAGAGGGGUUUUUUACGAAGGUGA